UUUUCACAUUUAAUUUUGUUAUUCCUUGCAGGCGCAUAUUUCUUUUAGCACCAACGCUCUAAUAACAGCACCCCAAGCAAUGAGGAUACUGCUACUGUCUAUGUACACUCUGGGCAUGGCCCUGGUGAGUGCGCAGUUUGACUCUACGCCAUUUAUUCCCAAAGUAAAUCAACAGCCAGUUUCCGCCUUUGGAGGAAUGCGCAGUCGCAAUGGCCAGGCUGCAAAUCCCGCCAGAGUAAGUAGUCUGCGCCGGCGCACGGUUCAGCACGACUUUUCAGAUGAGACUCCAGAAGAGCGCCACACUCGCCUCCAGCGCGCCGAUGCAGUCAAGAAGGGCUUUCUUUACGCCUGGAAUGGGUAUAAGAAGUACGCGUAUGGCGCUGACGAAAUCAGCGUGCUCAGGAAAAGACCCAAGACCACCCGCAACGGUUGGGGCGCCACUCUCGUCGACGCGCUGGACACGCUGUGGAUUAUGGAUCUGAAAGACGAGUUCUGGGAGGCCCGUGAUUUUGUGGCCAAGCUUGAUUUCCGCAACGACGGCGGCCAGCUGACAAAAGUUUUCGAGACCAACAUCCGCUACGUGGGCGGCCUGCUCUCAGCGUAUGAGCUGUCUGAGGACAAGUUAUUCUUGCAAAAGGCCGUCGAGCUCACGGACAUACUGAUGCCGGCCUUCAAUACGCCCCUGGGCUUGCCGUGGCAGAUGCUCAACGUGACCACAGGCGAGGGGUCCAGCGAGAAACUGGGAACUGCUUCAACCAACCUUGCCGAGAUCGGGUCGUUCCAGAUGGAGUUCUACAGACUGUCGCAGCACACAAAAAACGCCACUUAUCACGAGGCAGCGCAGAAGGUCCUGACCGUCAUGUUAGAGAACAACAAUCCCAGUGACAAAAACUCCAAGUACGUUAUUCCUGGUCUCUACCCGAUCGACUUUGAUAUGAUCUCCGGCAAAUUCACUGGCAGCGCUGCAUACUGGGGUGGAGGCGGCGACUCCUUCUACGAGUACCUCGCCAAAACUUGGAUCCUGUCUGACUUUAUGCUCGAGCGCAACAUUGACAUGUGGAGUGAGAGUAUUCAGUCGUUUAAGCGGUUUUCUGUUGCCCAGAGCUCUACUGGAGAGCUCUUCCCGGGAUUCGUCGAUGGCCUAAAGUUUUACCCCUACGCUGACACAUUCACAAACUUUAUACCAGGAACCCUGGGCCUUAUUAGCAAACUUGUUGGCUCCGACUCGUACUUCAAGCUGGCUGAGGACCUCCUUGAGGGUGGAUACAGCGUUUUCGACAGUAUGCCCAGCGCGCUCGGUGCUGAGGCUAUCAGGUAUGUGCGCAAAAACGUGCCCACAGAUUACUUCUUGUUAAAGAACUCUUCGCGGAUCGAGGUCGACAAGUACGGGUUCUCGCUCGAACGGCCGUACUACCUCCUGCGGCCAGAGCUUAUUGAGUCGCUGUUCUACAUGUACCGUUUGACAGGAAAGUCAAUGUAUGCCGACCGCGUGUGGAGCAUCUGGCAGGGCAUGCAGCGCAACUGCCGCGUUGCGGAUGGCUACGUGGGUACUGUUGACGUUUCCGUUGAUGCCGCAGUCAGCGGAAUUGUGAACAGCAUCGAUUCGACCGAAUCUUUCUUCUACGCCGAGACAUUCCUGUACUUGUACCUGACAUUUACCAACCAGGACGUCAUUAGUCUCGAUCAGUGGGUAUUUACCACCGAGGCGCACCCGUUGUCCAGAAAGUAUGUCUUUGAUGGCACAUUCUAGACAAACCACGACAAAAUUACAUUCAUAUUGUUCGUUUGUUUACUUUUUAUUAUUGUUAUAUUUUGUUUUUAUU